GAAAUAACGUAAUUGUUCAUCUUCUAAAGCUUGAAUUCCUUACACGAUCGGCGGCAACUUCUUCUGAAUCCGCGACUUUUAAGGCGUUUCACCUUGGCUUCGUGGUUAAGAAUUAUGCACUCUGCUCAGGAACCCUGGUUCAGCGAGCAACUUCAUAACGUUCCGUUUGGAACUUGGUGUCCCGCUGUUAUCACUAUCCUAGCAAUCGUUAUCGACUUCCUAGCGCGCAGGCAGCUUCCAAAAAUCAUUCAAGUUACUUGGAGUGCGCUGAGCGCACCUUUUCGCAACUUUAUCACUUUAGACGAUGUCGAGGGUCCCUUCGACGAUGACUUUCCUCAACAGAUUUGGAUAAUUCGAGCGCUUGUUUCUGUCGCACUCCUUUCCUCCUUUAGCUGGCUUGCAUAUUUUGGGUAUACCAUCGUCUUGCACGAACCCUGGACCAACGCCUUAGUGGCAUCAAUUGCAUGGUUUUAUGCAACCCUAAGACUCCUGUUGAGAGCACCGUCUACCCCUCCGUAUAUGCUUAUUCUACUUGCAGUUUCGCAAAUAGCUGCUGCCUGCAUUUACUACUUUUCAUUGCCCGAUUAUGCUGCCGGUCCCAUGAUCGCUAUUCUAAUUUGGACAAUAUCUUCAGCAACCUUCGUCUACGUGGCUGGCCUUUUGCCACUGCAGGCUGUGCGACCCGCGCUCAACGUUGCCAGCUCAACCAACAUUCCGUCAUCCAAUCUUUCCUCUCCCGAAGAUGACGCAAACCUUUGGUCAUGGUGUACCGUAUCAUUUGUAGAACCCAUAUUGGACCUGGCGUGGAAGCGAACAUUGAAUGAUGCCGAUGUCUGGUCCUUGUCGCCGUUUUUCCGACACAAGAACUUGUUCAACAAAUGCCUCCGUUACCGUUCACGCUAUCCGACGCAUUCUCUACUGCGCUUUUUGCUGGUAUCUAACUCCCUCGAUCUAAUCUUGGACCUUGCAUUGGAAAUGUGGGGCGCCGUUGUCGGGUUCGUGCCGGCUUACGCACUCCGGAUGAUUCUAUCAUCGUUAGAUAAUCCUACUCCCGAGUCGGUAGCGAAUGCCAAAUACUGGGCUUUCCUUACAUUUGUAGCACAUUUGUCUUUUGCACAAGUCGAUCUCUUCAAAAAUUGGCAUACUCGCAGAUGUUACGAACGAACUCGCGGCCAACUCUUCUGUGCUUUGCACUAUAAAGCGCUGCGCCGCAGGGAUAUCAGUGGAAAAACUUCUAGCGACGAAGAAGGAAGUGCUGACCUUGGAAAAAUUGUGAAUCUCAUGCAAGGCGAUGCGUAUGCUGUCGCUCAACGAUUUUGGGAUUUUGCCGCAAUCUUCUCGUCUCCUCUACGGCUCGUGAUAGCGCUAGUCUUCCUCUACAAGAUAUUGGGAUGGAGCGCGAUGUCAGGCGUCGUUGUGAUUCUUUUUGCCUAUAUUCUGAACUACCCAUUGGCGACAUACAACAUCAAGAUUACCCGAGCAUCAUGGAAGGCCAAAGACAAAAGGAUGAAUGUCGUAAACGAACUACUUCAGAAUAUCAGAUUUUUGAAGUUUUAUGGUUGGGAAAAUCAGUGGUCUCGCACUGCUCAUCAGGCACGAGAAGAGGAACUCGACUGGCGGGUUAAAGAGAAUGUUGUCGACACUAUCAUCUCUUUCAUAUGGACGUGGAUACCUUCAGCGACAGCCCUUGCGACAUUCUCGUGGUACACUUUGGGCGAACAGGAGCAGCUGACGGUAUCCAAGGCAUUUACCGCAGUCGCUCUGUUCUCACAGCUACAGGAACCGAUGACCGCUCUUCCUGGACAAUUCUUUGCAAUGCUUCACGCUUACGUAUCGAUGCAGCGUAUUGAGGGGCUCCUUGCGGAGCAAGAGGUUCCUGAAUGGGCUUUAUCUCUGUCGACAGUGGAUACCGGCUCUGAAGCGGAUUUCUCGGACAUCGGCUUUAAUAAUGCGACCUUUGAAUGGCACGGAGUUCACAAAGAAUCGAUGACUGAAACUCACUUCCAACUUGGACCUCUGAACAUCAAGUUUCCGAAGGGCCAGCUGAGCCUUAUCAGUGGUGCGACUGGUGCUGGGAAAAGUGCCAUGCUUACAGCGUUGCUUGGCGAAAUGCAUUGUUUGUCCGGUGAUGUAUCCAUAAACAAGAGGAGGCAUCAAGUGGCUUACUGCGCCCAAACUCCUUGGCUUGAACACGCAACCAUAAGGGAGAACAUCAUUUUCGGCUCCAAGCUCGGCUUCGAUGAGACGCGAUACCACGCAGUCGUCGAGGCAUGUGCCCUUGAACGUGAUCUUGCUGUAUUCGAAGCUGGCGACAUGACUGAAAUCGGCGAGAAAGGUAUCACGCUAUCUGGUGGACAGAGAGCUCGUAUUGCCUUGGCACGCGCUAUGUACUCGGAAGCUAACUGCAUCCUUCUUGAUGAUCCACUUGCCGCGGUCGAUAUGCAUACUGCACAACACAUUGUGCAGCACUGUUUGUAUGGGGAACUGGCUCGCGAUCGGACAAUUAUCCUGGUAACCCACCAUAUCAGUUUAUGUUUACCGAUUGCAUCUUACGUGGUUGAGCUGUCUCGCGGCACCAUUGCCCGUGCUGGCGAUAAAGAGGAGUUCCAGGAUAUCGGAGAGUUUGAUGCUCUUAACGAGGUUGACGAUGAAGAAACAGAAGUCGCUACUUCGGGAAUUCAAACCCCAGAUGACAACAUGACCAAAGACGUUCUUCCAAUGCAGCGGCCGUCUCAAACUACCAGAAAAUUAGUGGAAGCGGAAGUUCGAGCGGAAGGCCGGGUGCCUUUCAGAACGUAUUGGGUUUACAUCAAGGCAGCAGGUUUAAUGUCCUGGGCAUUGACUCUCGUCUUGAUGCUCAUGAUCCGCAUGAUUAACAUCGGGAAUCAGGUGUUCUUGGCCAAAUGGGGUGAAUCUUACGACGUCUCCGCUGCGGUUUUCCUUCCAAACGUCAAAUAUCCUUGGGAUGACUUACCCCCUCCUGAUGUCGAUGUCAAACCAUGGCUUUUGAUUUACCUCUAUAUCUCUAUCGCAGGGGCAUUCUCAGUACUGGCUUACAUCUCGUUGGGCUAUUACGCAAGUCUCCAGGCCUCCCGCUCCCUGUUCCUCAGACUACUCCAAAGGCUUACAAGAGCACCGGCCCGGUUCUUUGAUACCACACCCAUCGGGAGGAUUCUUAACCGUUUUACGACAGACAUCAACACUAUUGACGGAGCUCUGCAAACUUCCGCCCGCGCCGCAUUAUCCGGCGUUCUUAAUUUCUUGGCUUCUUUCACUGUCAUAAUCGUGGUUAUACCCGCGUUCGCGCCUUUAGCGUUGGUGAUAGCAUGGUUGUAUAUCCGCAUUGCUCCUCGAUUCGUACAAGCUCAACGAGACCUGCGUCGCCUUGAGAGCGUCGCCUUGUCGCCUGCAUUCGCUGGUUUCGAUGAGCUUCUACGUGGCUUGUCACACGUUCGUGCAUUUGCAAUGGAGUCAAGAUACCAAGAUAAAUUCUAUGAAAAAGUAGAUAAAUUUCAAUCGUACGACCACGUAUACUGGCUUGUCAACGGCUGGCUCCGCUGGAGAUAUGACUGUCUCGGCUCAGUUGUGGUGUAUCUCACGACUCUCUUCGCUCUUUCGCAAGGAGUUUCCAAUGGGUCUUCUGCAAUCGUUAUCGUCCAAGCUGGAAUAUUUGCUGAGGCAUCUCGCCAACUAGUGCGAGUUCUUGCCCAGCUGGAGCUUGACUUUAAUGCGGUCGAACGUGUGGUUGAGUAUCUUGGUGUACCACAAGAGGCACCUGCUAUUAUCGAGAAGAGCAGACCUCCAGCAUACUGGCCAUCAAGCGAUGGUCAGUUGGUUGUCGAGAACCUUGUUGUCAGGUACAGCCCUGACCUACCGGACGUGCUCAAAAAUAUAUCAUUUGUUGUUCAACCGUCUGAAAAAAUUGGAGUGGUCGGACGGACGGGCUCCGGGAAAUCAAGCUUGGCUUUGUCAUUGCUGCGUAUGAUAGAGGCUAGCUCUGGAAGAAUAAUCAUUGACGGAAUAGAUAUUUCAACAAUUGGUUUAGAAGAUCUUCGGUCACGGAUAACCAUUGUUAGUCAGGACGUUUCGUUGUUUUCUGGUACACUCAGAAGCAACUUGGACCCAUUCGAGGAGCAUACUGACCAGGAGUGCUGGGAUGUGCUCGAGCGAUGUCAUUUAACAAGGCUGCUCAGUCGGGCAAUUGAAAAAGGUGGCUUCACACUUGAGAUGCCGAUAAGCCAAGGUGGCUCGCUCAGCGCAGGAGAAAGGCAACUGGUUGCACUCUCUCGGGCAGUUCUACGAAAAACCAAUAUCAUCAUUAUGGAUGAAGCAACGUCUCAGAUAGAUUCGCGUUUGGAUGACCAGAUCCAAACGACAAUUCGUGAAGAACUUUCCGGUGCGCUUAUUAUUACUAUCGCGCAUCGCCUCAAGACGAUCAUCGAUUAUGAUCGCAUUUUAGUGUUAGAUGCUGGGGAGAUCAUUGAGUUUGAUGAGCCAAAAGUACUUUUGGCAAAGGUUGGAGGGGCUUUCCGAGAGAUGUGUAGAAAGAGUGCAGAUUGGCCACAAUUAUUUGCUUCGAUGGAACGUUAGGGCCGUACACUAUCACUAGUAUAUUCAUCGAUUGCAUAUGAAUUUCUUCCGGGUUACGGGACUCUUGUUUGGGAAGACAGCGUGGUUAACCUGAGCAAAAGAUAGGAUUUGAGUUGAUUCGAAGUUAAUCCAAACCACAGCUGGAACGCUCAGGAAAACCCGGUAUUGAUCUCAUGUUUCUCCGAAACCGAGCAUUCGUAUAAUAGGGAACCAGAAUGUUCAUCGUAAUCCAAGAGAAUGGUGCCAGGCUUACCUUGUGGUCGUUGUUCUCGUGAGGGUCGGCG